GUUUCAAUUCGUUCAUCGACGAAGACGGACGGUUAGCUCAGUGAUUUUCUGUUUUAAACACGAUUUCAAAUAAAUUUGUGCAUUCGAAUCGAAAACUGCUCGCAUUAACGUGUAAUACAGGAAUCUUAGAUUUGAACAUAUACUAGAUUAUUAUUAGUUGAAAUAGUAACAGUAAGCGUGUUUCUAGUCGUUAUGGAAAGAUCUUCAAAUUUGCUGGUUACCAGCCCAAAUGUAAAGUAUACGGACGACUAUAUUUUCGCCGAUUAUGAUUAUGAAGAAACUCUGGUGACGAAGAAGGGCAAUGAUUUGGUGGCAAAACCAUUUAAAACAUCACUAUGUCUCCGCACGGGCCGUAAGGUGGGCAAACUGGGCAUCAUGCUGGUGGGAUGGGGCGGCAACAAUGGAUCCACAUUCACUGCAGCCGUGUUGGCCAACAGACAUCAGCUGUCUUGGAACACAAAGAAUGGAACUAUGCAAUCUAAUUGGUUGGGAUCCAUCACUCAGGCAUCAACAGUCAGACUAGGCAUGGAUGAGAAGGGCCAUGAUGUGUAUGUGCCAAUGUCACACUUGUUACCCAUGGUGCAUCCUGAUGAUUUGGCGAUCGAUGGUUGGGACAUCAGCCCCCUAAACCUGGCUGAGUCUAUGGUUCGGGCCAAGGUCAUAGAUUACGACCUGCAGCAGAAGCUGAAGAAGGAAAUGGCCACCAUGAAACCGCGACCUGCAAUAUAUGACCCUGACUUUAUUGCGGCUAACCAGGCGGACCGCGCGACCCACCUCAUCCGCGGCACGAAAUACGAGCAGUACCUCCAGAUCCGCGCCGACAUCAAGGACUUCAAGGAUCGCCAGAAGCUGGAUAAGGUCAUUGUGCUGUGGACCGCCAACACCGAGAGGUUCUGUGAGUUGAAGCCGGGAGUGCACGAUACGUCGGACAACAUCGAGAAAGCCCUGCGUAACAACGAGCCUGAGAUCUCGCCAUCCACGAUCUUUGCACUCGCUGCCAUCGACGAAGGGUGUUGUUACAUCAACGGAUCUCCGCAAAACACACUAGUUGAAGGCGUCGUGGAACGCGCGGAGAAAAACGGAGUGUUCGUAGCCGGUGACGACUUCAAGUCCGGACAGACCAAGCUCAAGUCCGUGCUCGUUGACUUCUUAGUGUCCGCCGGUCUAAAACCGGUAUCUAUCGUAAGCUAUAACCACCUCGGCAACAACGACGGCAAGAAUCUUUCCUCGGCCAAACAGUUCCGCUCCAAAGAGAUCUCCAAGUCCAACGUGGUCGAUGACAUGGUCGAGAGCAACAGCAUGAUGUACAAGCCGGGAGAGAAGCCCGACCAUGUGGUGGUCAUCAAAUAUGUCCCAUAUGUCGGCGAUUCAAAACGCGCGAUGGACGAGUACACAUCCGAGAUCCUUCUCCACGGCACCAACACCAUCGCGGUGCACAACACAUGCGAGGACUCGCUGCUGGCGGUACCACUUAUCUUGGACUUGGCGCUGUUGGCCGAGCUGUUCUCCAGGCUGUCUCUGUGCAGGCAGGGGACUGAUGAUUGGAGCGGUCUCCACAGCGUGCUGUCGUCGCUGUCGUACCUGCUGAAGGCGCCGGCGGUGCCGGCGGGCGCGCCGGUGGUGAACGCGCUGUACACGCAGCGCGCCGCGCUCCACAACAUCCUGCGCGCCGCGCUCGCCCUGCCGCCGCUGCACCACCUGCAGCUCGAGCACAAGGUCCCGUUCCUGAUGUCGGAGCUCCGCAGCGGGCGCAUGUUCGCGGGCGGAGCGCCGCCUUCGAAAAAACAGAAAGUCGCGCACACGAAUGGCGAUAAGUAAAUACAAAAAAAAAACUUCUUACCCCAGUACGCAAAUAGAUUUAAACAAUAUUUCUAUCGCCCGCAAAGUUAUGGAUGACGAAUAUUAACUUAUUUAUUUACGGCUUUUUCUACAGCGUACUCGUUUAUACGUUUUAUAAUCAAGUUAACUUUUAGAGGGAGCACUAACAUUAGGAUAUUUUUUUUAGUUGUGUUGUCCAUUUCGUAGGGUUUGAAUUGGUGAGUCUGAAACUUUAAGAAUGUCGAAAGAAAAAAUAAAAAUAUUGUUUGAGUCUUAAAAACUGCUUAAUUAAUCGGAGUAAUUGUAAUCUGUAGAGCACAAAUAUAGCUUUGUGUCAGUUCACCUAAUUGUCUUAACAGAUCUAGAUUCAAACUGCCAGAUUUUUAGGAAUAUUGUACCUAAAUUAAUUUUGUAUCAAGCAGAAACGUCUGCGAACGAUGCUAUUAAGCUUAGAAACAAAUUAAAAGUGGAAAUUCAGUGUCUUUGGUGGGACUUGAACCUUUAAGCUUAGAAACAAAUUAAGUGGAAAUUCAGUGUCUUUGGUGGGACUUGAACCUUGAACGACCACGGGUCGCUAACCCGGCCUCCCUAACCUUUAUGGUGGAAAUAUUCGCUGUUCUGGUAAGGUCUUGGUAGCUCAGAUGGAAGAGCACGGGCAUCCCGUUGUCGUGGGUUCAAGUCCCACCCAAGACAGUAAAUUUUUCCACUUUUAAUUUGUUUCUAAUAUUGUUCCUAUUUUCAUUACAAUCCUGCAGGAGAUAAUCAUUAUAGGGGUAAAUGUAAUGUGGUUUUACUGAAUUUUAUUCUGAAAGCGCUUUUUCUUAGUUAAAUAUUUUGUGGAAAAUCUACAGUCUCUAAGGUAAUCUCCAUGGUGUCCUAGAACUCACUUUUAAAUGUUGGUAUUUAACUCCACAGCUUGUUAGCGGCGAAUUAAAUUAUAUGAAGAUUAGAAUCGUUCUUGUUGUACUUUAUAAUUAUUUGAAGGUCGUGUUAAUUCAUCCAGACUAUACACUUGUUGUCAGGAGUUUAUUUUUUAUUGAUGUACUUUGAAGUUAUUGAAGUUAAUUCUCGCAAAUGUAAUAUAUAUUUUAUUAAUUUUAC